AUGUCGGAAACCUUCGUUGCAAAAACUUUAAUGCUAACGCCUCACAAAGUUUCUUUGCUGAUCUUAAUCGAAGAAUACUGGGAUAUAAUACUGACAGACUCAUCAAGAUUGGAUUUACUUGAGCCAUUUUUAUUCUUUCUUAUAGAAAAAAUAUCGAAUGAACAACGAUUUCCAGAGCCUACACUGAAAGAGUUUUGUGAUGAACUUUUCAAAAUAUCAGAUAUGUCAAUUAAUUUUAAAGAAAUAUUACUGGCAAAGCUAGUUGAUAUUGUUACUCCCAAUGAACUCAUUUUAUUAAUUAAAGGAACGAAAAGGCUAUUUAACUGUGAUGACGACCCUAGAAAAUAUAGCUUAUUGGGGAUAUUUGUUCGACGUUGCAUCCUCGAAAUGAACAAAUUGAUGUUUGAUGAUGUGAGUCGAUUAUAUAAUGCUUUCAUCGAAUAUAGAGACAUUGUGGUUAAACCUGUAGUGGAACAAAGUAGCGUAUAUAUGAAAGGUGUCCCUUUCGGGGUUACAGAAAUGACACAAUUUGCUCAACGAUUUCAUAUGCAUAGACAAGAGUUAAUUCCUAAAAACGAUGCAGAAUCAUUCUCUCAGUAUAUUAUUACUCAGCUUCACAAAUACGGUAGAAUUUUACCCUUAGAAUUUGAAGAGAAACUUCGUGAAAUACACGAGCGAAUUCCAGAAAUGUCAUCAAUAUAUUAUAUAGAAUUUAUAAAGUGCAUACUAACCGGAGAAUAUGAAGGAGCUUUGGUCAACUUUUACAAGUAUUCAAAUUUUUGCCCUGAUGAUUCAGAAAAUAGGAGUUGGUAUCAGUAUGUUUUAUUAAAUUUAGUGGUUCUCCACGCCAAAUUUGGACAUAAAGAACAAGCAAUAUUGGCCAUCCGAGAAGCAAUCGAAAUUGCUCGUGAAAACAAUGAUCAAGAGUGCCUUCGUCUUGCUUUAAGUUGGUUGUAUCGAUUAAAAUCAUCAGAUCCGUCAACAGAAACUCAAACUGGUGCAUCAGAACAGCAAAUGUUGGAAUCACUCAUAAGCAAAACAAAACACUCAAAUUUUAUGUACUUGCAAGCUCUCGGAGAACUAGGCAAAUCACAACGACAAAUUCAACAGGGAUCUCCCCCUACUGAAGUAUUCGAAUCAUUACUUCGGAGCUCUGUCUUGAAAAUGAAUUAUCCAUUUAAAAUAAUGCAAUUUCAAGGACACUUGUUGAAUGCUGGUAUAUGGAAAACUUACGGAAGCGACACAUUAGCAAAUUUAUUUACUCAUGGAUUAAUCAAUAACUCCGAUCCUAGUCCAGAGGAUCGUGUGGUUGCUAUAUGCCAACUUGCAGAUAACCAUAUAUCUCAUGGUAAUUAUAUGAAUGCUUUUGAAAUUCUUGCAAAGUCUAAAGCACAUUUUGAUGGUAUAAGAAGAGCAAUGUCGCAAUGGGUUUUUUGCUUUGAAAGUUUAAUGUAUCAAAAGAGCCUUAAUAGGGAUGAAAAUUUUAACAUUGGAGCCAUUGAACAUCAAAUUCGCGCUUGUUGUCAAGAUAACGAUCUUUUCCGUGCUGAUUUUGAAUUUAAUCGAGCACUUUAUCUAGCAAAGACGGAUCGACCGGAUGAGGGAGAGGACGUACUACACAAAUUAAUCGAUCAGAGUUGCAGAAUAGGUAACCAAAAUCAAAUGUUGGUAGCUAACUAUUUGCUCAAAAUUGCUGAAAUUCGCAUAGAGGCGAAAGAUUCUACUUCUGCUCUUCCUUAUGUUUUAAGUUCCCUAUGCUUAAGUGAGCGAUUUCGUUAUCAAAGUAGUUAUUUUCUUGCUAUUAUACGACUCGCGCAAAUAUUACUUAAUUUUGAAUUGGCUGGUAGGGCAAAAUCAAUGAUUGAACAAAUUAUGCCAGUGAUCCUUGCGGAACAUUCGCUUCAUCUGCAGUCAGUUGCACAAUACAUAUAUGCACAGUGCUUGAUUGCAUGCAUUAAUCAAGAUUUACAAGCAAAUCGAAAACAAACUAUCAAUUGGCAAGAUAUAUUAGGUGCACUUGACGCUUCGCGAAUAGGAUUCACUUGCCUAGAAUCUAUUUCAGAAUUGCUUAAUGUACUUCAAUUAAUGUCGUACGUUUAUAAUGUAAAAGGUGACAUUAUUAUGCGAAAUAAGCGUGCGGAAGAAUUUAAAAAUUUAAUAUUACUACAAGAGAAAAAUAACAAAAAGCAGCCGGAUUGGAAUAUAACAUAUUAUUCACGUUGUAUAAAAGAAAGUCAAUCACAAUAA